AUGCCUCAUAACCAAAGGCCCGCGAAAUGGAAGUCCGACUCAGACGACCGGCCGCGCAACGGUGGAGUACCCCUUUCAGCGGGAAGUUUGACUGUCGGCCUGCGAGUCGUAUACUUGGGGAAGAAAGCCAAUAGUCUGCCUAUGGUCGGCAAGAACUCGCUGAAGCUCGAUUCUGAGCAACACCGCAUGGUCUCAAAUGACCUUAUGCGCCUGGAACGACCACUUCUUGGCGCUGUUCUCCCUCGGAAGACGGAUGUGCAGUUAUGCCCUUUCAUAGCGGGAGCGGUAGAUGUUGUGUGGCCCGAAUUAGAGAAGGGAAGCAUGCGUUUCGAGAAGGUGCUGUCUGGGAUGAAGUCGUUACGUCGUGUACCAGAGCGCGAGCUUUCCUAUCUUGCCAUGUGCGUGUACUUUCUUAUUUGUCGUGACGAACUCCCGCUCAACUGCAAACGAAGAUCUUGUUUAAUCAUGUACAUAUUACCACCAGCUCUUACAUCUCUAGACCGCCAGCAGCCUUGGGAUGCGCCCUGUGCGAUAGUCUCAGAGUCGUGUGCCGUCGACAAAGGCCUUGAGGCUCUAUGUCGCGCUGCUCUCGUUGAGGAGCCCCUACUCGAACAGGACAAACCCGAGGAAUCGAAUACCCGGUCUGGGCGCGAGAGGCUACCAUCCUCUGCCCUGUCGGUGGCAUCCUCGUCCACCCGCACAACUUCUCCCCCUCGCGUCGGCCCACCUGAUCGCGCACGUUCACGUACACCGCCUCCUGGGCGUCGCAGAUCUCGCUCUCCUCCACGAUCCAGAACAGCUCGGCAGGAACGGAGAAGGAUAGCAGCCUUCUCGCCACCACCGACUCACUUCACUCCCGGUAAAGCGUCCUUGCCUCCCAAACCAUCGAUACCAACCGCACCACGAGGCUGGCGUGAUGCAGAAGAGCAUUCUCCGGCGCGUGCGCGCUCUCCACCCCGGAAGCGUCCCAGAGUCGAAAGCCCGGACGUCGAUACUGUCACGGUGAGAUGGGGCGUCGAGGCGCGGGAGCUUGAAGAACAAGUGCGACGGCUGGAAAGCGAGUGUUCUGAGGCUCACGACCGCGAACGCACUCUUUGUCGCGAGUUGAUUGCAUUGCGCGAGCGCAGCGACACCGGUGAAGUUCUGAUGAAGGACGUGGACGUGUGGAAGCGCAAGGCGGAGGAGGCGGAGGACCGUUUGCGUGCGCGUCGGCGUCGUCUGCGCGCUUGUCUUGCCGACCCUGACGAUGGUGCUACAGUCGAGUGUGACGAUGAAGGGAUACUCGAGGAACUGGAGCAACUCGUGCAUAACCUUCAUUCUAGAGCAAGCGCCGCUGUACAGGGCGCCGAUUCCCUCCGUGUUCACCACGAGGGCAUCCUCCAGUCGUCGCCUGACGUCCCUUGUCCGGGUCCGAGCGUCGUCGAUGCCUGGUGUAAAUUAUCCGAGAUGGUCCGAACACUUUGCGAAUAA